AAAAAAAAAAAAAAAAGUUUAGCAUUGAGCAGUUUCUAAAUGAUGUCAAAAGGAAAGCGAAAGCAAAACUCAACUUUGGUGCAACAGCCGGCUCACCAGUGGCAAACACCACCAGCCAUGAGCUGUGGCCAUGGCUCAGGUGACCUCCUGGGGGCCAGCUUCUCCAUCAUCUGCUCCGUUCUGAGCAGCAAGGCGGUGGUGAGACUAGAGCUCCUGCGGGACGUGGUGGGGCACUGCCGCUAUAGGGUCAACAACCACUUGGACCCCAAGUACAAACCACGGCCUGUGAACGUGAUCAUCUAUUCUGCGAAGAAGAAGAUUGGUGAGGAGAUGGAGUACAGGCUUCUGGGCAAGAACUGUGAGGAUUUUGUCACCGAUCUGAGAUACGGUGUGCCCCACAGCAGGCAGGUGGAACAUACCCUGAUUGGAGGAGGGGUGUCCCUGGGACUCGGCAUUCUGGGCAUGGUUGGCUACUCGCUUGUGAAGACAUGAUCCCAAAAGCAAUGACAGCCCGAAGGAGCCCCAAAUCCUUCAGCUGCAGAGACCAGUGGAGACACCCCAUGGCUCCUCUGUCUAGCGGACCCUCAACCUCCGGCAACCUGUCGUUCUGUCUCUCCCUCUCCCUCUCUCACUGGCUGAAGGAUGGGCUAAUUGUGCCAAGACCAACGAAUCAAGUAAAUGUAUCUUCAAGAAGGACUUCCACUAUAUUUUUGCAGACUUCUGAACCAGAAAGGAGGGAAGGAACAUUACUUCGACACCUGUUGGGUUCUCCCCGCAAUUUCUAGCUGAGUGACCUUGAGAAAAUCUCUGGACUCCCAGAGCUUCAGUCCCCCUUCUCUGGGACGGGGAUAAGGAUUACAUAAGGCAAGGUGAUGUGGAGAAGACUCCUGAUGUCUGGUAACCAGCAGAUAUUCAACGGGGGUCUACAUCACUCCAUGGAGACGCUACAUCGCUCCAUGGAGACUCACCAUUGUUGUCACGAGACAUCGUUCAUUUUACUGUCGGGGUGCAAAAGUGCCCCAACAACUCAGUUAUGUCCUGGCACAGCCGCACCACCUGGUGCGUAAACAUUUCCCAACACCUUUCCGAGUACCUUCUUCAUCCAGCCUUCCUUUCAGCCUUCCUUUCAGUUUUCCUUUUCAACCCCAGGGCCUAGUCUUCACCCACCUGGGACUGCCAGACGGAAGUAUGUUGACUUUCCAUGCCGACGUUGCCAUGGCUCAAGCUGCCCGUGGGUUGAAUGGUGAAAAUUCGCCACCUCAAUCUUUAGGGCAGUGAAACUCUGAAUGAGACCAUAGCGACGGGUACAUAUCAUUACACGUUCGUCCAAACCCAUAGAAUGCACAACACCAAGGGUGAACCCAAAGGUAAAGUGUGGAUUUGGAGGGAUUGCCGUGUGUCAAUGCCGUUCGUCCGUUGUAACCCACACGGGUCCUCUGGGGAGGGAUGUUGAUGGUGGGAGAGGCUGUGCCUGGGGGAGAACAAGGGGUGUAUGGGAAAUCUUUACCUUCUUCUCAAUCUUGCCGUGAAUCUAAAAAGUCUCUAAAAAAUAAACUCUCUAAAAAAAAAAAAAAUUAAUCUCCUCUGAGUAUCCCUCCUUUACUUCCCAGCAAGCCCUCGGUGCGGUCUCAGAAGCUCCAUGGUCUCUCGCUUCCUCAGCCAGCCUCUGCCGCCGGUGACCCUGAUGAAUGGCCACUCCAUGGUGGUCACCGCAGCCACUCCCCCUCUGGCUUGAGCACUAAGGAUGUCACCCUCCCCUGGGCUGUACCCUUACAGGAUGUGAAAGCUGGUGGGUUCCUUAAUCCCCCCGUGCUGCAGAGACCAGGCUGGUGCUAAUCACAAGGACCCCCCCACUAUAAAACGCAGGGCUCUCAGAAGGUUGAAGGUUCAAGAACAGAGAGUAACUCGCAGUUGCUACUAUCAGAGGGGGCCCCGCUCAGACUGCCAGGCUGGACUAUCCGCCCCCAUCCGAGGGUUCCAGAAGGGUCCAUGCCUGCCGCACUCUGGUCAGAGGGCCCCACUGCCCUGUACAGAGUCUGGGCCCAAAUGGGAGGCCCAGAGAGAGGGGCAGAGGCUUCCUUACUCCUUGUUGUCUAAGACUCGCCUCCCUGGACCUCGUUUCCUGUCAGGAUCAAUUGUUGCACCAAAAUGGACAGUGGAAGUUUCCAGGCCCUUCCAGGGUGGGCUUGGCCUACGUGGCCAAGUCAUAUCCCCGUUAGUGGUCUCGGGUGUCCACGUAUCUGCCCUUUACGGCAAUUGUCACCGUGGGGAUUGAACACUGAUCCACGUGGUUCCUUUACUAAUAUCCCUCCGUCUAUCAGAACUGCAAGGACCCCCAAGAGGUAGGACUGUGUGAGCUCGUUACAGUGGGACCCCAGCAUUCAUCACAAUGCCUGGUGUACUGCCGGGGCUCAAUAAAAAGUUGUUUACUUCAUAAGUUCACUACUACAUGGGAAAAUACAAUUAUUCUCUGCAGUCGAGAGAAAAACUGAUAUGACAAAAAGUUGCAACCCAAACCAAAAAAAGCGUGUUGCCAUCAAGUUUUAAAAUGUAACAGACCAUUGGGGCACCUGGGUGGCUCAGUCAGUUAAGCAU